UUGGUGAACCCGACAGGCUUCUGUGGAAACUCAUGGGGCCUUUCCUUCCUGCAGGGAGCUGCGUCGGUUCGAGAGUUUUACGCCAAAAACUCUCGCUGGACAGAAAGACUCAUCUCUGCCUCCAAAGCCGUGGGCUGGGGAGCCACGCAGCUGCUGGACUCGGCGGACCGGGUGGUGGGGGAUCAGGGGACUUACGAGGAGCUCAUCGCCUGUUCGCAUGAGAUCGCCGCGAGCACCGCCCAGCUGGUCGCAGCCUCCAAAAGGGGGAGGAAACACAACAGUGACGGGCUGCUGCUGCUGCCAUUUCAGGUGAAAGCCGACCGGAACAACAGGAAGCUGCACACGCUGCAGCAGGCCUCACGCCACGUCAACGACAUGGCCGCCGUGGUCGUCACCUCCACCAAACACGGCCAGCAGCAGAUCUCUGACCACGGUGAGAGCAGCAUCCCGUCCAGGAACACUUCAGAGGAUCAGCAACUCGAAUAUAAGUCAUCAAAACAAGUGAAGGUUCUGCAGCUGGAGAGUCAGCUGGAGCAGGAGCGGGUCCGUCUGGGGGAGCUGAGGAAGCGCCACUACGACAUCCGGGGCCCCGAGAACGGCCCCGAACCGGACGAUGGAGCCGAGAGCUUCCCGCCUCCCCCCCCGCCCACUCUGCUGGACUCCACCCCGAUCCCCCCGUCCUUCUCCCAGACGCAGCCCUACGUCCACACCCAGAGCCUCGCGCAAACCAAUCCCUUCGCGCCGGCUUUUUCGCUGCCUCAGUCCUACACGCCCACGCAGACAUACACCCCUCCCCAAACCUUCACCCCCCCCCAGGCCUACGUCCCACCUCAGCUUUACAUGCCGCCUCAGCCCUACACCCCAGGCUCCUCUUCCCAGAGUUACAACCAUUCUCAGGCUUAUUCAAUGCCCCCGCCCUCGUCACUCCCAUCCAGCCUUCCUCAGUCCAAACCGGCCGCUCAGCCCCAAACAUCCCAACAGAGCACCACAGAGUCCAGCAGAACGACCCCAAGGAGGCCAAACAUCUUCACCAAAUCAGGAAACCUACUGAAAAACGCG